GUGAUAUCAACGCAUAGUAGAACAUAUGAAUACUGCACCUUUCAAUAGUUCAUUGAUGCCAUUGAGGCUGUACGUUUACGUAUCUAUAACCUUUAUUGACAGUGCGUGUUAUUGUAAGUUGUUCAUUUACAACUUAUAUUUCCUACAUAGUAGGAAUAAAUUGCCACGAACGCAUUAAUAUUUUGCUUGGUUCAAUGCAUUAUUGUUAUUUAAAAAAGGUGCAACAUGUUAUUCAUUUUAAAGGAGCAAUUACAAGAAAGAGGCUAUGAAGAUAUUACACUAAAAGAAGUAAUUAAUAAAAUUAAGAAAUUGAAGCAAAAAUAUAAAAGUGAAAAAGACAAUGCUAAGAAGAGUGGGAAUGGGAGAAAAAAGCCAUGGAAAUACUUUCAACAGUUGGAUAGAUUUUUAUCCCAAAGACCUAAUGUGACUCCAGUGGUUUUACUCGACAUCAUGGCUGAGGCUGAUAGUCAAAAAAAUAGUCAGUCGGACAUGCUGAGAGAUGAUGUUGAUGAUGAAAAUGAUGACAUUAUUAAUGGUAUAAUUUUGAAAUGAAAUGUUUUCACAUUUUGCUUAAUGAUGAUAUGAUCUUGUCACAAAACAUUUUUUGCUUUUAAUCUUAAAGAUAUUGUCAGUAGGUAUGGUAGAGGUGAUAAAUCCAUCAAAAAAUGCCAGACAUGUGAUUAUGAAAAAGUCAUAUAUAGUGAUGGAGUACACACAACAGAGAAUAGAUGUACUUUCUUGCCCAAAGUGUGACAGUUCAAAUGAAACAGUUAAUGUGGAAGUAAAUCAACAGACUGUAGCUGAGAAUCGAGCUAUUGAAUAUGAUAAACGGAAUGACAAACCAAAGCCAGACUUAGGAGAAAAGAGUCUUGGAAACACUUACAAACUAGGAAAGAAACAAAAGAAAAAAAGGAGUUCUAUUGAAAAGAGCAUGGAUGCUGCCGUGGAACAAUUCUGGGCAAUGUCAAAUGAUGAUUUUGAAAGGUAUAAAAAGCUUGAAGAAUUUAAAUUGGAAAAAGAGCAGCAAUUUCAAUUAGAGCAAAUGCGACUCGAGAAUGAACGAAGAAACCAGGAAAGAGAGCAUGAGCUAAAGAUCUUCCAAUUGUUAUUUGGGAAACAGGCUACCCAGAACAUCCAAUCUACUGGCAGCUCAUCACUAAUGUUUGCCCAACCAUAUGUAAGUUUUCAACAACAGACAUUUGGAAAUGGCUGCACCAGUAUCCAAACUCCAGGCUGUAGCUUUGUAGACAGCAAUGAUGAUGAAGAAAAAACAUAUUUCAGGUUAUGAUUUAAAGUAUUUGAAAAGUAUUUAUUUUUAAGUACUUAUGGUCACUUGUGUCUUUUAGUUCUGUUUUGAAGUUAUAUUUGUGGAACUGUUUAAUGCUAUCUGAACAUUAAAUACAAUAUUUGUACACUCAUGAA